AAAUAAUUGCGUUCUUUUUCUCCUCAUUCAGCGCAGAGAUGUCUUCAACCUCAAGGCCCGUAGUCUUCAUGGAUAUCAACAUAGGCGAAACCCCCGCCGGUCGUGUCAAGAUGGAACUUUUUAGCGAUAUUGUUCCCAGAACGUCGGAAAAUUUUAGGCAACUAUGUACUGGGGAAUACAGGUGCGUUUGAUGUUCACCUUGGAUGGGUAUCGAUGAUUAUGGUCAUAAAAACUAGAGUGAACUCUCGCCCUCAAGGCUACAAAGGAGCGACGUUCCACCGGGUGUAUGAUCCAACCUCAUGAAUUGAAACUGGGCAGUCAAACUAAUCUAAAUGGGCUUCACAGCGUGCCCAAUUUUAUGUGUCAAGGAGGGGACUUCUUGAAGGGUGAUGGCACAGGGUCGUUUUCAAUAUACGGUGACAAAUUUCCAGAUGAAAACUUCCAAGAAAAACACACCGAAGCCGGUCUACUCUCCAUGGCGAACUCUGGUCCAAACACUAACGGCUGUCAAUUCUUCAUCACCACGGCCAAGUGUGACUUUUUGGAUGGAAAGCACGUCGUGUUUGGCAAGGUUAUCGAGGGUAUGCUUACAUUGCGCAAGAUCGAGAAUGUCCCCACUGGCCAGAAUAAUCGUCCGAAGUUGGCUGUGAAGAUUGUUGAAUGCGGUGAAAUGUAAGGAUAUGAUGGAUUGUAGUUCACGGUGAUUCAUUGGAGUAUUCCUUCCUGAGGAACGGCGACCAGUUUUUCUCAGGUUCGAGUGCAUUAAGUCUGUACUAUACAUUUCCAAUCUUUUACACUUUGAGAGACGG